UAUAAAACAUUAAAAACAUACAACUUUAUGUAUCCGUUUAUGUUGUUAUAAGUUAGUUUUCAAUUUUUUUGUAAACUUAAAUUGGCUUAAUUUUAAUUACGUUUUUGUAUUACAAUAUGUUUGAUUUUUUUUAAAUUAAAAAACGGGCUAUGCUUAAAAUAUAGAAAACAUAAAUUGACAUUUUAACAAUUCAUAUUGUAGGUAAACAUGAUAUAUCCAAAUUAGUUUAUAAUGUGUUUUGUUUCGUUUAAAUAGUGCUCCAAAAUUAAUGCAAAUGGAAAACGGACAAACCCCCAAAGAAAAGUAUCUGCACGAUUUUACAUACCAUGGACAGGAACUGUCGGUCACUGAAGCGAAAAAUGUCUUAUUCCAGCAUUUGGACAACAACGGAUCUGUGGACCUGGAAAAGGAUGCUAAUGGCAUGGCGAAAAUACGCUUAAAUAAUCCUCGUCUCAAGAACGCUAUAAAUGUAAAAAUGAUGUUGGACCUAGACGAGAUUACAGAGAAAUUGUCCCAGUGGACCGACUGCAAAGGAGCAAUUAUAUAUGGCGCUGAUGGAAAUUUCUGUUCCGGGGGAGAUUUGAAAAUGGCGAAAAAAAUUAACAACGCGUUUUACGGAUAUGCAAUGUCCAUUUACGUUGGCCAUAUUCUCGACAAAUUCAAAAAGCUUCCCAUUAUUACUGUUGCAUAUAUCGACGGCACGGGUGCGAUUGGCGGAGGUGCUGAACUAACGACGGCGUGCGACUACAGGCUAAUGUGCAAUGCUGUCGACACCACGGCCAUAGGGUUCGUUCACUCGAAAAUGGGCAUAGUGCCCGCGUGGGGUGCCACCGGUCGGUUGGUGUCGAUCGUGGGCGCCCGGAAAACGUUAGACCUGCUGCUGGAGGCCCGGCUGUUUAGUGCAGCCGAGGCGAUGGACUUGGGUCUGGUGGACGGCGCGGUGGCCACGUUGGCGGACGCCGAAGCGUGGCUGUCCCGGAAGAUCAGGCCGGACGUGAACGUGAUCCGGGCCAUCAAGCGCACGGUACGAUGCCACGACGAUUCGCAGGAGGCCGCGCGAAUGAUAGAGAGCAGGAUAUUCGCGCCGCUAUGGGGAGGACCCGUCAACCAGGCUGCAAUUGAACGGCAAGUGAAGCACAAAAAAUGAAACCGACGGCGUGGAGAACUCGACAUUAAUCAAGAGCUACUAGGCUAGUCUAAUAUUCCACCCACCUAACCAUCCAAAUUUUGAAUUUUCUAUGAAAUAUUUCAGUAUUUUAAUUAGAUUUGUUUUUAUUUUUAUGAAAAUUUUUCAUUCAAUUCAUAAAUAUAUAAUUUACCGAAAGUUUAUAAGAAAUUGUAUAUUAUCAAAGUUACUAUUUAUGGAUUGUAUAAAUGCUAAUCAAUAAAUAAUUAUUAUCAAUAUUUAUACUAAAAAAAAAAUCAAUGUUUCACACUUCAUACUUCGAAUACUACUAAUAUACUAAAUUAUUACCAAUUGGCAAUUACCCACCACACUCACUUAUCAUUCCUCAAAAAUUCACUGUCAUUCGAUUAGGUACCCUUUUUGCCAUCUCACUAGAUUAUUUACUAAGGCAUUUUUUAUUUUUUAUUUAUUUAUUUGAUAUUUACAAUCUCUGUUGGACAUCACAACAAGUAAAUUGAAUAAUUUAUGUACAUGUUUGACUUGAAUAAUAUGAAGAGGGAGGCCAACCAGUGAUGAAACUCAACGUGAAUUUAUUUUAGAUUAGCAAAUCUCUGCAAUAUUUUCUUUUUAGCCUAUGGAUGGGAUUUAUUUAAAAAAAAAAAAUUUAAGUAUGACAUACUUAUUGAUUAUAUUGAUGAGUUUAUUAGCUGAUUAUUAUUAAUAUUGAAUUUUUAUCAAUGGCACGUUCCAUUUUUUUUUAAUUUUAUUACUACCAUCAUAUUGCCACACGCAUACGGUUUUUACGGUUUAAUUGUCUUAGCUAACUAAGACAUAACGUAAUUAAAUUUGAUUAGGUGUUUGUGUCAAAGUUUAUUUAAUUAAAAUAAAACAAUCACUAUGUGAUCUAAUAAAUAAUAUUCAGUUUGAUUUGUAUUGUUUAACAUGUU